AUGACAGAGUUUAGUGAUAUAUUUUCCUAUGCCCAUACAAUAAUUGCGUUUUUCGGAAUGUCUUUUAAUUUGUUCCUAAUUUAUUUGGCAAUUUUCCAAACUCCAAAAGUCAUCAAAUCGUAUUCAACUUUAAUCAUAAAUUUUGCGUUGACCGAUUUCUUUGCUUGUUUUUUCGAUUUUUUUGUUCAACAAAGAAUUAUUCCCGCCGGUAAGACUUUGGGAUAUAUUUCGAAUGGAGUUUGUAAACAUUUUUCACCAGAUGUUUGCUAUGUGGGGUGAGUUCUAACAACUUGUUCGCAAGACCCUCGAUGUUUUUCAGAUACAGUUUGAUGCUUCAUUUUCUAUCGCAUUCCCUUUGGUCCCUUCUUCUCUCAUUUUCCUAUAGAUAUUAUAUUUUAUUCCGCCCAGCACCGGAUAGAAUCACAAUAAUUUCUUUACUUCUACUCAUCUAUUUCCCUUCCUUUUUUCAAUGGAUCUCAUUACUUUGGGCACAAGAUGAACCAUCAGAAAUUGUGAAGAUUCUUCAUGUGAGAUUUCCAAAUUACAAUCUAGAUGGUUAUACUGUAACUGGAACAAAGAACAUCUUCUGUUUCAGUGCUUUGUAUACUAUUUUACAUAUGACACUACCAAUUACUCCUGUUUAUAUUUGUAUUUUGAUUUUGAGAAAUCGAAUUGUGGCUAGAUUAUCUUUCCAAGGAGUGAGUAUGACGAAAAACACGAAGAAUUUACAUAAACAAUUGCUCAUGGUGAGUAAAACAUACAAUAUAGUCAUAGCGAAGCUCUAUUUUUUCAGGCACUAACUUUCCAAGCAAUAAUUCCAGGUUUCUAUUUGUUCAGUGUUGGUUCUUACGCUCUUGGUCAAUUUGGAAUCUACAAUCAUCCAGCUCUUGAAUAUUUCACAUUUUCUUCAUUUCUUUUCAUUCCAUUUUUAUCUCCACUUGCCUCUUUUAUUUUUGUCACUCCUUACCGUAAUUUCAUUCUUCGUAGAGGUCAUAAGAGUUCUAGAAUUGAUAUGUCAUCAACACAACCACAAAAUACAACAACAAGUCUAGCAUAUAUCGGAUAA